UAGCGGUACCUGUCAUCAUCUCUCUUCCCUCAUUCCCCUCACGAAUGGAAACAACAAAGAAGACAGGAUUCGUGCUCCAACUUAGGUCGUCUUAUUCUGCGCGGGACGUCUCCUGCGGUCUGAGAAGAGUUUUGUGUCAGCGACUUUUGGAUGGGAAAUCCAAACCAGCCCCGCUUCUGACCUACAAUAUAUGCUGCCCUACACUGCAGGGGCUGUCAAAAGCCGCUUUAUCUCCGCCACAUCUCCCCGUUCUCCAAGUAUAUGGCGAUAUUAGCUGCAAUCUCUAAAACGCUCAAACGCUUUGGGAGGAAAACAAGAAGGAUCCUUAUUGAUACAGGAGAACCAGCUGUCCCUGAAUAUAUUGGCUGUUUGAAACAAGCGUUCAACGAAUUCAGCAUCUCAAUCCAGGAAAUCUUAAUAACACACUGGCACCAAGAUCACACAGGAGGCAUAUCUGAUAUUUGUAAAAACUUUCCCACUACUUCUGAGUACUGCAUAAGCAAACUUCCACGUAACCCACACUCUGAAGAAAUAAUAGGAGAAGGAAAGCAAAAGUAUACAUACCUUAGAGAUGGAGAUCUUUUAAAGACAGAGGGAGCUACUCUGAGGGUAUUAUAUACCCCUGGACAUACAGAUGACCACAUGGCUUUACAUCUCCUAGAAGAAAAUGCUAUAUUUUCUGGUGACUGCAUUUUAGGAGAAGGAACAGCAGUGUUUGAAGACCUUUAUGAUUACAUGAAAUCGUUAGAAAAGCUACUAGAAGUGAAAGCUGACUUAAUUUACCCUGGACAUGGCCCAGUAGUUAAAGGGGCAAGAGCUAAAAUUCAAGAGUACAUUUCUCACCGAAAUGCACGGGAACAGCAAAUCCUCAAUGUCUUGAAAGAGAAUGCUGAGAAAUCUCUUACAAGAGAGGAACUUGUGAAAAUUGUAUACAAGGACACACCUGAACACUUGCAUAGAGCUGCAGAGAUUAACCUCGGCCAUCACUUGAAGAAACUAGAAAAAGAAGGGAAAGUGUCAUAUGAAAAUUCUCUCCGCUUCAGAUGGAAAAGCAGUUUAUAGAUAAAACAUAAAAAUAAGUGUGAGGCUGAUGUUCUUGUGCCCUCCCUCUAAAGAAGCACCAAAUUGUUAACACAAUAUUUUUGGCAAAAGAUAUUUUGAGUACCUCAGCACAGCAAGAGUAAAUUCAUAAAAUUUGACGAAGUUACUUAAUUCUGUUUUUCAGCAAAAUGAAUAAAGUGCAAUUAUUCACAUACA